UUAGUGAGCAAAGAAGCUACUUUUGUUUGGAUUGGCCCUUAACCAAAAUUUGAGACACCACGGUGAAUUUAGACUUUUAAUUGGAAACAAAAACAAAAAAUAAAAAAUAAAAUAAAAGUUAAAAUAAAAGUUUUUCACAAAGAGAUCACGCGGUGCCCAGUUUAAUUCAGCUUCUUGUUCACCAUCUCCUUGUUAUUGUCCCUUCAUGGCGCCUUCUCUCUCCUCUCUAUUCUCCUGCGCCCCUCACCCUUUACCUUCCUCCAAUCUUUAUUCCCUCCCCCAACGUUCCCGCUAUUUUGCAGUAGCCCAAAACAAUCAAAAUCUUACCUCCAAGCCCCCCAAUUCCGAGGGGAAAUCCUUUGCCGUGGUCACCGGUGAACUUUUCCUGGGGCUGGCCUCGAGACUGUUGAAAACAAGCAACAGGGGAUUCUCUGAAAAGUUUGAAAGGUUUCCGGUUGCGGAGAGGAGCAAAAAGGUAAAUGGCAGUAAGAAUUUUGAGGAGAGAAUUGGGGUAGUGAUGGAGGAUGAGAUCGAGCCCGAGGUUAUUUGGGAACAAAGAGUGAAGGAUGUUGAGGCUGAGAAAGGAAGGAGAAUUGUUACAAGUCCUGGGUUUAGUUUCUCUGCGGCUGGGCUUUUGUUUCCUUAUCAUCUUGGUGUUGCCCAGUUUCUCAUUGAAAAGGGUUACAUUAAGGAAAGCACACCAUUGGCUGGAUCCUCAGCUGGUGCCAUAGUUUGUGCAGUUAUAGCCUCAGGAGCUAGUAUGCAAGAAGCACUAACUGCUACAAAAAUUCUAGCUGAAGAUUGUAGGGCAAGAGGGACUGCUUUCAGGCUUGGGGCUGUUCUCCGAGAUGUUCUGCACAAUUUUCUUCCUGAUGAUGCUCAUACUAGGUCCAAUGGAAGGGUUCGUGUUGCUGUAACCCAGAUUCUCUGGAGGCCUAGAGGUUUACUCGUGGAUCAGUUCGACUCCAAGGAAGAUCUCAUUAAUGCAGUUCAUACAUCAUCAUUUAUUCCGGGAUAUCUUGCUCCAAGACCAGCAACUAUGUUUCGGAAUCGAGUUUGCAUUGAUGGUGGUUUGACCUUGUUUAUGCCACCAACAUCUGCUACUAAAACGGUUCGUGUUUGUGCUUUCCCAGCCAGUAGACUAGGACUCGAAGGGAUUGGGAUUAGUCCAGACUGCAAUCCUGAAAAUAGAGCUAGCCCCAGAGAGCUUUUCAAUUGGGCUUUGGAGCCAGCAGAGGAUCAUGUUCUUGACAAGCUUUUUGAGCUUGGAUAUUUAGAUGCUGCAGUUUGGGCUGUGAAUAACCCGGUUGAGAAAACAGUUGAAGAUGAAGCUGCGUUGUAUGAAAAUGGUGCUGCAACUUAGUUAGGUUAUCAGCAAUCAGAUUUACCCAAGAUUAUAUUGAAGAUAAGAUCUGAUCUGUUUCGGUUCUCUUAUUCUGAAUCCAAUUGGCAGGUUAGACAAGGAGCUUUUCGCAUGUUACCAUUUACCAUUGCUUGAAUCAAAACAAUAGAAUUGUACAUUCUGAUACAUGCAGUAUUCCAUUGAUUGGAUUAUUUUACCGAGAUAGCUGAGAAAGUAGGAAAAAAAGGGAAAAGUGAUAGAAUUUAGGAUUUUGUUUGGAACUGUAAAGAGCAUUUCAGUUCCAAGUCCACUUCAAAGUGGCUGCAAAUAUACAACUUAAUUUUGGGCAUUAAGUUUAUUAUGUGUAGUUAGGAGUAUUCCUGUUGGCAUUCUCUUGUUAUUAGGUGAUGUAAAAUGAAGUUGUGUGAGUCGGAAUAAAGAUUGUAGCCAUUAUUUUUAAUUUUAAAAAAAUAUUUUCCCUGA